UGCGCAAGCGCAGUGACUGCGGUGGUGCCGUUGAAGGGAACAACUGCCCGAGGAGGAUGGCUUCCGGCUUCAAGAAGUCAAACGUGGCCUCUACCAGUCAGAAGAGAAAGGUGGGCCCUAAGCCCGAGCUCACUGAAGAUCAGAAGCAAGAAGUUCGCGAAGCAUUUGACCUCUUCGAUGCCGACGGAAGUGGGACCAUUGACGUGAAGGAGCUGAAGGUGGCCAUGAGAGCGCUGGGCUUCGAGCCCAGGAAGGAAGAGAUGAAGAAGAUGAUCUCCGAAGUAGACAAGGAGGGCACGGGGAAAAUCAGCUUCAAUGACUUUUUGGGCGUGAUGACCCAGAAGAUGGCCGAGAAGGACACCAAAGAAGAGAUCCUGAAGGCUUUCAGGCUCUUUGAUGACGAUGAAACUGGCAAGAUCUCUUUCAAAAACCUAAAGCGCGUGGCCGUUGAGUUAGGGGAAAAUCUCACUGACGAGGAGCUACAGGAAAUGAUAGAUGAAGCCGAUCGGGAUGGAGAUGGCGAGGUGAACGAGGAAGAGUUUCUUCGGAUCAUGAAAAAAACCAACUUGUAUUAAAGUCGCUUUCCUCCGCAAGCCCGUGGGGAGAAGUCGUCUGGCUUGCCGAGUUCCCUGCUUCCGUUUUGUGAGCUCUUGAGUUAGAGGACUUGCUAUCCUCUUACCCCCCAGUUUGUCUAGAUACUUCUAUUUCCAAAUUUCUGGCUCAAUUAUAGAAUUUUAAAGAUGCUUUUAA